CGCCGAUGCACAUCGACGUGUAUUUUAGCGAGUGGGUAAAGUGGUUGCUGUCAAAAGACACCGGCUUAAGAAAAGUUCCAUGCCGAAUGUUCUAAACAUUUUUCCGUACUAAGUGAUUACAAUAUUUGCUGUUUCUCUUAAAAGAGAGAGAGAGAGCCAAUACAAGAUGACAGUUGCACUGUUGAAAUCACAAAUUCUUCACAUGAGCAUUGAGAAGCAGGAAACUCUUCUCAAAUUGGCUAUCCUCACAGUUGCCGCAGUUCUUUCAUUUUCAACAAGAUUGUUUUCAGUCCUUCGAUUUGAAAGUGUGAUCCAUGAAUUUGAUCCCUAUUUCAAUUACCGGACCACCAGAUAUCUUGCUGAAGAAGGUUUCUACAAGUUUCACAAUUGGUUUGAUGAGAGGGCAUGGUAUCCUCUCGGUCGAAUCAUUGGAGGUACCAUAUAUCCUGGUCUGAUGAUAACAUCAGCAGCUUUGUAUCAUGCUAUGAACUUUUUGCACAUCUCUAUUGAUGUGAGGAAUGUCUGUGUCUUUUUGGCACCUCUAUUUUCAAGCUUGACAACAAUUGUCACAUUCCUUCUAACCAAAGAAUUAAAGGAUACUGGUGCUGGAUUAGUUGCUGCAUCUAUGAUCGCCAUUGUACCUGGUUACAUUUCACGUUCGGUAGCCGGCUCCUACGAUAAUGAGGGGAUUGCAAUUUUUUGCAUGCUUCUUACAUAUUUUUUUUGGAUCAAAUCAGUCAAGACAGGGUCUCUGUUAUGGAGCGCAUUAUGUGCACUAGCCUAUUUCUACAUGGUUUCGUCGUGGGGUGGUUAUGUCUUCUUGAUAAAUUUAAUCCCUCUCCAUGUCCUCACAUUGGUGCUUACAGGCCGGUUUUCACACCGCGUCUAUGUGGCCUAUAGCACUGUCUACACACUUGGCACAUUACUUUCCAUGCAAAUCGCCUUUGUCGGUUUCCAGCCUGUUCAGAGCUCCGAGCAUAUGCUGGCGUUUGGCGUUUUUGGUUUAUGUCAGUUGCAUGCAUUCACUGACUAUGUACGCAGUCGUCUGACUACGGAGCAGUUCAAUGUUCUUUUUCGAUCUGUUCUGAUGGCUGCUGGAAGUGUAGCGCUUGCUGCAAUGGGAAUCCUUACUAUCACAGGAAAAAUUGCGCCUUGGACCGGUCGCUUCUAUUCCUUACUUGAUCCAUCGUAUGCCAAGAAUCACAUUCCUAUUAUUGCGUCAGUAUCAGAACAUCAACCUACAUCAUGGAGUUCUUUCUAUUUUGAUCUUCAACUCCUCGUUUUCCUGUUCCCCGCUGGAUUGUACUACUGUUUCGCAAAACUUACAGAUGCCAACAUCUUCAUCAUCCUUUAUGGCGUGACUUCAAUUUACUUCGCUGGAGUGAUGGUUCGGCUCAUGUUAGUUCUAGCACCGGUUAUGUGUAUACUAUCUGGCAUUGCCGUUUCAACAGCAUUGGCCAGCCAAAUCAAGUAUUUAGAUGCUCCGCGUCAGGGCAGCCAAUCUUCUGAAAAAAAGCCAAAGAAAGGCGAAGCAGCCGUUCCCUUUCGUUCUGAAGUAGCCUGGACUUUCACUGUCCUGAUUUCACUUUUUCUCGUAAGCUAUACUUUCCACUGUACUUGGGUAACUUCCGAGGCCUACAGUUCGCCGAGUAUCGUUUUGUCUGCCCGUGGACAUGAUGGUUCUCGUAUUAUUUUUGACGAUUUCCGCGAGGCUUAUUACUGGUUGAGAAUGAAUACUCCUGAGGACUCACGUGUAAUGUCAUGGUGGGAUUAUGGAUAUCAAAUAUCAGCGAUGGCAAACCGGACCAUUAUCGUGGACAAUAACACGUGGAAUAACACUCACAUAUCCCGUGUCGGCCAGGCUAUGGCUUCUACAGAGGAUAAGGCUUAUGAGAUCAUGCGAGAGCUGGAUGUUGAUUACGUACUCGUCAUUUUUGGUGGAUUGACUGGAUACUCGUCGGAUGAUAUCAACAAAUUUCUUUGGAUGGUUCGUAUCGGGGGUAGCACUGAUCGGGGCAAGCACAUUAAGGAAAAUGAUUAUUACACACCUUCUGGGGAGUUCCGAGUUGACCAAGAAGGAUCUUCUACUCUUUUGAACUGUCUGAUGUACAAGAUGAGCUACUACAAAUUCGGAUCCGUCUAUACCGAAGGAGGUAAACCACCUGGUUAUGAUCGAGUACGUAACGCUGAAAUCGGUAAUAAGGAUUUUGAGUUGGAUGUUCUUGAAGAGGCUUACACAACUGAGCACUGGCUUGUGCGAAUUUAUAAAGUAAAGAAGCUCCCCAAUCGAGGCGUAUAAAUAAAUUAUACCUUAUUGGAUCAACGACUUUUUGUUUUCGUAUUUGCUUGUCAUAAACGUUGGUGCACAAUGGUCAGGCAAAUAAACAAAUGUUUUUUUUUCUUUCGAACUGAAA